AUGGCAAAGCUUCAUGGGGGUAACGCGCCGGCUGCGCGACAGACGCGUAGCCGUACGGUCGAAGCGAGUGGCGCGGACGCUGAACCCGCGCGACACACAACGGCAGACGAGGAGAUCCAGCAUUAUCCGCGUCCAGCUUCACGUGGAUCCGCAAUAUCAGGAACAACUACCAAGACCUCAUUCUCCCAAGAAGAAGCCGAGCAACUGGACCAAGAGAUCAUGAUUGAUGUACUUCCUGAUUUGACUGCCGCGUCCGAGAAGUUGGCUCAAUUUCUGGUACCUGCUGGCAUCAACACCAAACCUGAGACAUGGAAGGAAAUCCGAACGCCAGGCUCUCGACACCACAAACAGUACAAGAAUCGCAUUGCCACCAUCAAUACUCACAAGCCCAACUUUGGUAGCCAAGAGUACAUCCAGCCAAGAAUUGUCUUACGAGCCUUGUUGGGCGACGCAUCUGGGAUGGAAACGCCUGCACCAUGGCGUCCCGACAACAUCAUCUUCAAAAUCAACCUGGCGCAGAUGCUGAACAGCUUGUUGAUAGUCUGCGAUCCGAGUGACUGGACCAAGUCGUCAAUGGAUGCUUUGGAAAGACUUGACGUGGCAUUUCCCUCGGCAAUUGCAGGCAGUCAAUUCUCACCCGAGGCCACGGAGCUCUAUUUGCAAUUCUCUGCGCAACUCGCCAUCGCUCGUCUACAAGCCUGCAUUGAGAGUGGAGAUGAGACGUCUCUAGAGUCUGAGAUUGACAGUGUAUUCUAUGACGAGAAUGAAGAGUUUAGGCACGCGGAAGCUCUCGGAUUGGAGGCCAUUGAAGAUGAGCACGAACGUGAACUUGUCUACAGCAUGGUGGAAGACCAGGUGGCCAAGCUGAAAGCACCCUUUUUAACGGAAGACCUCGACGCCACUGCCGCUAAUGGACAAUUGAAGGGUGAAUAUCAAUGGGACAUGCUGAAAGAACAGGCUGUCCGAUACUACGUCUCUCGUUCGGAAUACCUCAACCGCGCCAUUGGCAACGUAGGAGGCGUCUCGCAGAUCUUGAAGAGUCUUACCGCAGAGGCAGCACGCCGAACGAACAGCGAGAUAUACGAGCAAGGAAAGCAACGAUUUACCGAACCGGGCUCCACGCCUCGUAAAAGCCUGGGCGGCGGCAUGUCUUUGCUCAAAAAGCGGCUUUCAAUGGCAUCGCAGCAAGCAGCAGCCCCAGUGGCUCAAAUGGUUGCUUCGUCGACUGGUGACGCCGGCGCCCACGACUUUGCAGAUAAUCAGCACUUCUCUCAGGACGAAAAUGCCGACCUUCCGGGAACACACAACAUGUCCGGCUUCCAAAUUAUGCAACGACAGCAAGCUCAGCAAUUACGACAAAACUCGCAGAGGCAAAAGCCCAGAUGGACUGAUCCACAGCCAGGUGCCGUACGUAUCAGCGCGAUUGAUGAUGAUAGUCAGCCGAGCCAGCAAUCCAUGCGUGGCAAACGUUCCCAUGCAGACAUGGACGAUGGGUUUGAGCCCACGCAAGACGAAGGUUUCCAGACUGAUACACGCGAUAACUCUGGAGCUGAUCAGCGACGCCGGGAAGUUGCAUUCUCCCAACCGAGGAUGGAUCCAACUACCGGUGCUGACAUGCAAGAAGACCGUCCCAUGCCCAGCCCUUCGAAGAGACAGCGACUCAAUCCGGGCUCCUCAAUUCCUCWCACGCAACAGCCACUUGAUGAGGACGAUGAAAAUUUGGAUCCAGACAGCUUAUACAGCCGCGCCAAAAACCAAGCGAAAUGCAAUCGCAUCGCGGCAUCGCAAAACAAACCMAGUAGAGUGCGUCAGCCAUGGACGGAUGCGGAAGAGAACGCUCUGAUUUCGCUUGUCGAACAGCAUGGAUCUGAUGGCGUCUCGUAUGCUGCACUCAAGGUUAUUGACAGAGAGUCUGAGGAUGAGCAGCUCGCUAGGAGGAGUGCAGAGGACAUGAGAUUCAAGGCGAGAAACAUGAAGCUCACGCUGUUGAAGGCGUAUGGUGGGAAAAGCAGGCUCCCCGCGAAUUGGGAGUAUGUGAAAUUAGAUAAGAAGGCCAUGGACCAGCUCGCAUCGUUGGGAGUGCCAUACGAGCAGGAGAGGUCGAGGGGUGUAUGA